CUCCUGGGCGCAGGGAAGGUGCAGGGCUGGUUGUGACACCGCUCCGACCUCUGCUCCUCGGUGUUCAGUUAUUAUGCUUCUGCUUCGGGAGCUGUGUGCACAGCCAGGGAUGGGAACGGGACAGGUUUUAUUCCAGGAGUGGUUAAAUCGUUUUAUGAUCCCAAUGAUGUGCCUGAUGGUGCCACAGAGAAAGGGUUUCCUUUCCCUGACAGCAGGACUCUGUUCUCUCAUUUUGCCUUUAAUACUGCCCUGGGGGGGGUGGACAAAUGAGUUUGCCAAAGGUCAGUGAUUGGCUUUUGAGUUCAAAUUAAAAGAAAAACAAACAUGUUGUGCACACUAGAAACUUUUUUUUUGUAAGGUUAAAAAUGUUAAAAAUAGGCAAGAGCAGAGCGUGCUGAGCAAUUCAAACCAGCCCAGAGACUUUGCCUGCAAUUGGAAAUGCCUCCGUGUCCUCUCGAUUUUUGAGGCUCCCAGCUCUGAAUUGGGUGCUGAUCCCCGUCCGUGCUCGCUCGGGUGCGCGGGACCCGAUCCCGCGGCGGAGCGGGGGGGCACGGCGCAGCUCCCCUCUGUGCAGCUCGUCCUGUGCCGAACCCAGUGCUGGAUUAAGCCCCAAGUCCCAGGGCGGUACAGAGGGCUGCGGGGACACGCAGAGGAGAGGACUUGCAGAGAUAAGAAGGGCAGGGAGUGUCGCUGGGCUGCAACCUCCAGGAUCUCUGUGGGGUAGAAGGACCCCGGGGACAGCUGGAGCUGUUGUCAGAGGGCAAGAAAACAUCCAGGUUUUGGGGAUAAAGGCCAGCAGAUCGCUGCUGUUAUCAGGUCUCAUCCUAAGUUCAGUUUGUGAAAGCUUUGACUCAAUUAAUGAACAAAUAUCUGUCUUAUUUUCUGUUUCGACAUUCAGGCUUUGCAUAACGUCGGGGAGCGCGGCCGCUUUGCUUUUAUUUUGGAGGGAGUCCCUUUCGCCGCGCUCCCUCCCUGAAGCGGGUGUGAGUCACCCAGGCGCAGAAAUAGCUCCGCCGGGAGGGGUGACACGGUCCUGCGGGGAUUUCGCUUCUCCCCACGCCGGAUGGAGCCGGCUGCUCCAUCCCACGCCAACAGCCGUGUGCCCACAGGCACCGCCGCCGGCCAGGAGAGCAUCCCGGUAAGCCCGAAGCGCUGCCUUCAGCAACACGCUGCCCUGCAGAGUGAUGGUCUUAAAAUGAAAAGGUGCUGUGAGGGCGUCGGGCUGCCAUGCCUGUUUAAGGGUGUUGGCAUGGCCAGCCCCCGGCCUCCCAGAUACCUCCUCAUCUUCGAUUUUGACGAGACCAUCAUCAACGAGAACAGCGAUGACUCCAUCGUGCGUGCGGCGCCGGGGCAGGCGCUCCCGGAGCACAUCCGACAGACCUUCCGCGACGGCUUCUACAACGAGUACAUGCAGCGUGUCCUGGCCUACAUGGGGGACCAGGGCGUCAAGAUGGGCGACUUCAAGACUGUGUACGAGAACAUCCCCCUGUCCCCCGGCAUGCUGGAUCUCUUCCAGUUCCUCUCCAAGAACCACGAGCUCUUCGAGAUCAUCCUCAUCUCCGAUGCCAACAUGUUCGGCAUCGAAUGCAAACUGAGGGCGGCCGGUUUCUACUCUCUCUUCCGCAAGAUCUUCAGCAACCCGUCGGGCUUUGACAAGAGGGGAUACUUCACCUUGGGGCCCUACCACAGCCACAAGUGCCUUGACUGCCCGGCCAACAUGUGCAAACGCAAAAUCCUCACGGAGUACCUGGCGGAGAGAGCCCAGGAGGAGGUGGAGUUUGAGAGGGUCUUCUACGUGGGGGAUGGUGCCAAUGACUUCUGCCCUUCUGUGAGUUUGACUUCAGCUGACGUGGCUUUCCCACGGAAGGGUUACCCCAUGCACCGCAUGACCCAAGAGAUGGAGAAGAAGCAGCCUGGAGCCUUACAGGCCACUGUUGUUCCCUGGGAGUCGGCCACAGAGGUUGCCCGUUAUCUCCAGGAGCUCCUCAAGAAGAAAUGUUGAGGGAGCCUUGCAAGAGACUUGCUUACUACAAGCAGCUGAGAAAGGAGAAGCUGGGGGAGGGGUCACGUCCUGUAUCCCCUGCUCCUCGGCACUGCUCACUCAGCCCCACUUCUGGGAUGCUUUCCUGCCUUUCCUCUCCGAGCUCCUUCCUCCCCAAGUGAUUAAAGCACUUUCUCUAGGUUCCCCCCUUCUCCCUCCCUCACCAUGUCGAGAUGAAGCCUUCUCUAUGCAGCUCAGACAUCUACUCCAGCAUGAGUGUUUACCAACACUAAUGGUGAUUUUGUUUCUUUUUUUUCUAUGUAUUGAUUGGGGAUUUUUUUCUUUCCUUUUUAACGUCACAAAAUCAACUCCUCAAAGGCCAGAAGCCAGCUCCUGGCAGGCUGAGCCCUGCACAUGCUUCCUCCUGCCUUCACCCUCCUCGUCUGCCCCACGCCAGGAGCUGCGUGCUGUUGCCUUGGGCCUUGAUGCUCAGGGGCUCUUUGUCUCUUUCGGAGGCCCCUGGAAAUUUGAUGUGGGGAAUUCAUGCUGCCCAGGCUCCCCAGCUUGCUCUCUGCACCCCGCCUUGGCAGGGCAGGCCUGGCUCAGCUGCUGAGCCUCGUGCUGGAGGGAAUCGUGCCCUGAGACUUUAUUCUCCAAAAAACCAUGGAACUGGAAACCUUUUGGGAAGGUGGUACCUUGGAAAAACAAAACAAAACAAAGCAAACACCCUCCUUUAGUCCCUCCCCACCCAUUUGCCCAGCACCUGGGCAUAGCAACCACCUCUCUCUGUGGGGAAGGAGGACCUGUUGUUGCCUUCCGCCUCCAUCCUCUGCUGCUUCUUCAAGGGCAAAACAUCCUCCAUGUCCCUGUGCAGAGAGGUUCCUCCUUGGCCCGAGCCAUUGCCACUCAUCUCCUCCUGUUUGUUGGAUCCUAUCAACAGCCCCCCCCUGCUCAGGGGCCGAUUUCCCUUCUGACCUGGUCAAGAGAUGCCAAAUCUCCCAGCAGGAGGUCUGGUGCUGUGGCACUUCUCCUGGCAUCCAAAGGCCAACAACCCCCCCCCUGCCCCCUUGCCCACUGCAGUAUUAAUUGCCCCUUCUAAUUGCACUCUGCAGGUGGGGGACAGACCUGCAGUAUUGGCUGCUCUCUGGUGUUGGCAUCUCCUGGAUUUAUCCACAGCCUUACCAGCCCCUGAGGCUGGCUCAGCCUCCUCCAAAGCAUAGAAACCCUGACAGCAAACCUGAGCAGUAAGGAAAUAACCAAAGCAGCCCUGACUUGUUCCUCCUCUGUUUAAUUUCCCCCACUCCUGUGUUUUUCCUCCUCCAGACCCUGUUCAACUGUGUGGAACUUAAAGCCAUGGAAUUAAAAGAAUACAUAUAUAUGUAUAUAGAUAGAUACCUAUAUAUUGCAGAUACAAACAACAUCUGUAUCCAGGACAUAAACCUGGGUGUGAAACAGAUCGCUGCAUUGCA